CUAAAACUGACCCAAAACUCGACUUGCAUCAGUUUUCAUCAAGCAACAACAAGCAAAUACACAGGAUGUGGAACAACAACUGCUGCUUUAUUUCUUCCCUGGUGAGGAAUACCGCUCAGCUGGGGAGCAGGAAAGGAACAAUUCAUCGAUCGCUGAAUGAAAAUGCAGAAAUGCAAGCAGGGAAAAUGUGCAAUAAUUUGUCGAAUCCUGAGGACCUUGCUUGGCUUCUGAGAGUCUGUAGGUAACGGACCAGUGGGGAAGAUGUUGUUCUUAAUAUUUUAAUAUUCUGGCUUCUGUGUUUAGUACAAAGGUAAGAUACUGGUGUGUUCAGUUGCGUGCUCAGGUGACUGCCGUGUCGCCUUCUGUGACAGACAGGGCCCGUUUCUAUAGUGAAGGUCAUUUGGAUCAAUAGUGAUGGGGGAAAAAUAGGAGCUACAGCUUUUUUAUAUAUUUUUUACAUAUUUAUGCACUUCCGGGUUCUUCUCAGACAGAAUGUGAACCGGGAAGGCUGAUGGGGCUUUGAUCCAAGUUUGACGGAUGAUGUCAAGUUUGGUGUUAGAGAUGUCUGAGGUUUCUUCUGAGCGCAUUCCAGCAGGGUGCUUCCUCACUUGCCAUUUCAUUGCAGGGAUGGUGCUCAGCCCUCUUCGUUUUUCCUUCAUUUUUCCUGCUUCCCCUGGCAGCCAGGCAAAUUCUUUUGCAAAGCAGCAAGCAGAAUGAUUUAAAAGGGCACCUGAGUUGUAUCUGCCUGUCAGAGGAAGCCAAAAACCAAAGAGAACUUUUAGCAGAAAAAUCUGAAAUUCAGGACAAAACUACUCGUGUCGUAUUUUCAGAGUGUAAGGAACUGACGUUGGGGGUGUUUAUAUACUUGAUUACACCUUUUUCUGAAUGCAAACGGUGAAGUAUUUCACCUCACGUUAACUUAAAAAAAAAAAAUAAUCCUAAUUAAGUUCUUCUGUCCUCUGACAGUAAGCUGGAGUGUUCCCACCUUUAAACGCUUCAUCCUUUCCCAAGUCUCUUGUUGGUGCAAAUGUGACCUGAAACAAGCCUCGGUUUUCUCUGCUGGGAACUUUUCACGAGCCCACUUGGAGGGAAGGGACAGAGUGGCAGAGGUUGCAGGAGGAGGCAGGGGGUGUGCAGGUUGGAUCCGAGGAGGAUGCUGGCCUUGCCUGACAAAGUGAAAUUUCCAAGUUGUAUCGUACUUUGAAGAGCUUUAAGAAUUCCUGCUGACGCUUUUCCUGAGGGAAGCCAUGACCUGCCACAGAGUCCUUCACCUGGUCCUGCUAAUGCUGUGCGGCACCUUGGUUCCUGCUGUGCUGGCAGCAGAGUACCCGCAGGGCCCUGUCCCCACCCUCUGGAACGAGCCGCCCGAGCUGCCCUCCGGAGCUGGCCCCUUCGACGCCGCCACCACCACAGCCCGGCUCUCAGACACCACCGCCUUCCCCCCAUACACCUCCGAGCUGGAGCCCGAGGACACCACCCACCUGCACCGGCUGGACGCGGGAGACGGCUCGCUGGGGCCCGGAGCUAUCGGUGCCAUUGUCAUUGCCUCCCUCCUGGGUACAUCUGUGCUUGUGGCCUUGGUCGUCAUCACGCUGAGAAAGUUCUCGGCCUCCUGAACUCAAUAAAAGAUUUUUGUGUAACACAA